AUGUCAAAGCAUAGCAUACCAUCUCUAGCUUGGUUCAUGUCUUCCAACUCUUCUGAGGGGACAUCCGCGGUCCAGCCGCAUCAGAAUGGAGCAAGCUCUUCAAACUCGGCUCAAAACGGACAUGCAAAGACAAACAAUUAUCAUCCUCGUCCACCACCGAGAAUCAGCGAGCCAAUCAGAACACACCACAACAGAGUGCGUAAGAAGCCGAAGAAGUACGACAGUGAUGAUGAUGAUGAGGAAGUAAGAAAUGAGCAGAUGAUGGAGUCUUCUUCGUCAUCAUCUUCAGACGAAGAUUCAGACACCGACCCUUCUUAUGAAGAGGGAAUGAAAGCGAAGAAAACAAAGAACAAUACUGCGGAAGAGUCUAGUGAUGAAGAUGAAGAUGAUUCUGGUAUUCAAGCAGUCAUUAAUAGUGCAGCAACGACUGUUUUUUCUGCUGAUUCAGGAGCACUGGAUGAGGAUAUCAACAGACCGCAAUCUGCUAAGAAACCAACACCAAAAGGUUAUACGACAGAGCAGCACAGACUACUUCUGGAAAUUUAUAAAGAAAAACAGCUACCCAAAUGUACUGAUUACACGGCAAUCUCAAAGGCAAUGGGAAUGACAAAAGAAAGGGUUCGCUAUUGGUUCAAAAAUAAAAGACGAAUUGAUCGAAAACAUCAGAAUAUCCAACCCCAAGAGAAAAAGAAGGCUGUGGAGGACAGUGAUACUAUUCAACUCUUCUUGUUAAUAUUACAGAAAAACCCGCAUUUCACAAAUUACGGUAAUCCAGCGCUGCUUGCUAGAUCAAAAUGGAAUAAGCAUCAGUUGACAUGUUGGUUUCAAACCUACAGACGGGAGAUUGGUGUUCCGCCGAAGCAGGGCAAACUGACAGAUGAGAACUUGAUCGAUCUUGAAGAAUUGUUCAAGGAACAUCAAUUUGUCACAGAGUGGGAAUCUCAUGAUCAUGAAUUGUUUGUGGGAGUUGCCGCAGCAACGAUUCGAGAAUGGAUUGAACAAAAGAGACAAGAAACGAUGGCAAUGUUUCUGGAGCCUGAAGAGUUGCCAUGUCAGCUAGCUCUUCUGGAAACUUCCUAUCGCGACACUCUAGUUCUUCGGGAUACUUAUCAAACACUUCUUUUGUCCAAGAAAGCAAACCUUGAAAUUGAACAAGUUGUGGAUUAUUUUGAAUCGCGGAGAGUAAUCGAUCGAACUUAUGGUCGAUUGACAGAUGAGGUCUUAACAAACGUUAGAGCCGAAGUCGAACAAGCGGAGAGAACAGAUUUAUUAGGACCGAUUAAUGGAGUGAUGCUGAGCAGAAAAGCCUUGACCGAUGCUCGCGCAAUUCAAUUCUUUCCCGACUUGCAAAACACAUACCUUCCAGUGAAUAUGUCGACGGACUACAAAACUUGGAGCGCUACCGAUUUCCAAGAGUUUGCUAUUCAAUUUCUGCCAAGAAGAGUUGUGUCACUGUUUGCCAGUAGAGGAUUGUGCGGACGAGACGCUACAUUUUUCUAUCUGAAAAACAAGAAAUUCUUCGAUCGAUUGAACAUUGGUUCCCCAAAAGAUCAGUUGAAUAUAACGUGGCCAGAAUUCAUGGCUGUUAGAGACCAAAUUUUCUUCAUCAAAAAUUAUCAUGCGAACGUUGCCCAACAAAAUGGUGUCAUCAGUACAACAAACUGA